GCGCUAAGUUAUGCAAUAGGAAGGGGAUGGUACUCCUGCUGGUGAUUUGAUUGCAAUAUAAAUUGCAGACCUUUACAACACCGUUAAUGAAGUCCGUCUGGUUUUCUGCCCUGACGCACAGGUUGAUAGAACUGCUUCCCUUUGUCACCAUUAACCACUACUGGGGAGUUCUGAGUAAGUGCCUCGCCUACUCCAAAGCUGCUUCGGAUCCUUUUGUCUACUCGCUGCUGCGUCAACAGUACAAGAAAGUCCUGGUCAACAUAGUCAACCGGAUACUCAAAAAGGAUUUGUAUCCUUCCUCUGGACACAACAGCUCCUUGGAUACUGAGAACGAUUACUGCCUGCAGAGAAUCUGAGCGGCGCCUUUAGCCGUCCAAGUGAUCCCUUAAUUUCACCAACUAUACCACUUCGCAAGGUUGCACACAUAUAAUUCAAGGCUGACGUCUAGUGCCAUUUAUCAGAGAGCAGUGCAGACAAACGGAGCGAAAUGAACCCGGUCACGUUUGCUCUGCCUGUCCUUCUUGUGACAAUGGUGCAUUGCGCUCCACGGUGUGAACCCGCUGAUGAAGCACUAGGACGAUGUCAGGUUGAAGCUGUAAAAACAGCACAGUGUUCGAAUAACUAUUUAAGUUACUGUUCUGGUGUAUCUUACUCAAAGAUUAUGUUUCCUAACUUGAUUGGUCAAAUAUCGAGAGCAGAAGCUGAGAUAAGUGCAGAGUACGUUCUUAUCAGUGUCUUGGACAACUUGCUGAAUGGAGAAUGCAAUACUGAUCUCAAGCUGCUGGGCUGUUCCAUCAUUGCUCCACGUUGUGAAAACAAUACGAUUCUGAAGCCUUGUCGAUAUGCUUGUGAGGCACUUAAAAGAGACUGUCAACAUUCAUUUGAACUGAUUCAAAUGGCAUGGCCAUACUUCAUGGACUGUGAUCGUUUUUUUGUCAGCGAAGAGGAGGGUUGUUAUGACCCUAUAGGAAAAUACAAAGAUUCAAGUUUGACGGAUGAAUCUGAAACACCCUUUACUUUGUUACAAUUCAAAUAUCACAGUUAUUUGGAAAUGACAAAGCUGCUGAAACAGACGACAUCUGUGUGCGCACCUAUUUCAACAAUGUACACCAUUGGCCGCAGUUUUGAAGGCAAAGACCUUUAUGUGAUUGAAUUUUCAAGUAAUCCUGGGGAACAUGAAUUGCUUAAGCCGGAAUUUAAAUAUAUUGCAAAUAUGCAUGGCAAUGAAGCAUUGGGGAGAGAGCUGCUGAUUUAUCUUGCACAGUAUUUGUGCUCUGAAUAUUUAAAUGGAAACAAAAGGAUUCAGGCUUUAAUCAAUAAUACCAGAAUCCAUCUACUGCCUUCUAUGAAUCCCGAUGGCUAUGAAAUAGCAUCUGAAGAGGGUCCUGGGUUCAAUGGAUGGGCCACUGGACGGUCAAAUAUGCAAAGUCUUGAUUUGAACAGAAAUUUUCCAGAUCUAACAACAAUAUUUUAUCAAGAAAGAAGAAAACGAGGAGGCCGUGUUGAUCACAUCCCAAUUCCAAGAUCAUAUUGGAAUGGUAAGGUAGCACCUGAGACAAGAGGAGUGAUAAAAUGGAUGAAGAAAAUACCUUUUGUUCUCUCUGCAAGUUUGCAUGGUGGAGAUUUAGUAGCGAGUUAUCCUUUUGAUUUAUCAAGACUUCCAGAAGAAGAGAAGUUUUAUUCACCCACUCCGGAUGAUCAGAUGUUUAAGAUGUUGGCUAAGACGUAUGCUGAUGCGCAUCCUAUUAUGUCGGACACAACAGACGAAAGAUGUGGAGGCAACUUUGCUAAUAAAGAAGGCAUUAUAAAUGGAGCACAGUGGUACAGUUUUGCUGGAGGGAUGCAGGAUUUUAAUUAUCUGCACACAAAUUGUUUUGAGAUAACAUUGGAGCUUGGGUGUGAGAAAUAUCCUUCUGACGAAGACCUCUAUGCCGCCUGGCAAGAAAACAAAGAAGCCCUCUUGACAUACAUUGAAAGGGUGCAUCAAGGAAUAAAAGGAGUUGUAAAGGAUGACAGAGGAAGAGGAAUUAAAGGGGCAGAGAUCAAAGUUAGAGGAAUCCGACAUAAUAUCCUUUCAGUUACUAAUGGAGAAUAUUGGAGACUACUGCCUCCAGGUACACAUUUUGUAAGUGCAUAUGCUCGAGGUCACACACGUGUUUUGAAGAGAAUAUACUUACCAGUAAAGAUGGAGGGAGCUGGUCGUGUGGACUUUGUUCUGCGUCGCCUAGAGCCUGAUAUUGAUUUUGAAACUUUUGAUGAAGGAAUGGAUGAAUUAGAUCUGAUAGAUCAUCUGGAGAGGACUGAGCAGGGACACGAAGAUGGAGAUGAUGAAUAUCCAUCUUCACGUGGAGAAAAGCCUUGGUGGUGGCCCUUCUUUUCCACUUUGGGACCAAUUUCACCAGACUGGCUUCUGAAGAACAAUUAAUUGCCAUUGUAGGUAUUAUACUAAAUGGAGGAGACAUGAGCAAGUUGGCAUUAAUGCAUUGUAGUCUCUGUGACUCUUACUUCAGUUAAAUAUGGUAACCUUAACCAUAUCGUCUUAUGAUAUGGGAAAACAAUGUAUUUUGAAAACAUAUUGUGUUAAUCUUUUAGUCCUGAAGGUGCCAAAUAUAAUUCUAGGACCUCAACACAAGAGGGCCUCACAGAUCGCAACAUUGUAAAAUGAACAUUAAACCAUGUGCAUUGCUUUGUCAAUUUAUAUGGCUGAUGUGCACCUGCAUUUUAUGGCAUAGAUGGCCUUUUUCUAAUAAGAAGGAUUUGGAAGGCAAAAUCCUGUAUCUUUUUUACAAUUAAAAGACACAUUUUCUGUCAAACUAUUUAAUCUACAUGGCAUGCUUGAACCAGGUUGUUACUCUAACAAAUAUCUGGAUGGGAUAAAUCUAUAAUUUUGUAAGGGCGGGUCACCUUGCUCUUGUUAAAUGCGAUAAUUGCAUCAGUGGAAUUGACAUCCUUCCAACCUUUACCAAGAAUAAAUGCAGAUUCCACAACAACAAAUUACAAUGGGUAGAUGAUUUUGUUUAUCAUCUAUAGAUUAAUAUCUUCCACAGCUUAAUAUAAUCAACGCUUUUUUUAUUUCCAAGUGAUUUUUUUAAAUGUAAGAGAAAAAACUUCUGUAACAUAAUAGUGUAUCGAGUGACUCAAGCUGGCCGUAUGACUAGUUUUAUGUCAGAGUGAUGAUUUGUUACCAGCUAGAAAUGACAGUUACUUCAUGCUCUGCAAGGCUUAUAGUUCUCUACAUAAGGCCCUCUCUCUUCUGAAAAAGUUGUCACAAAUCAAUUGUGACUGGUGCUCAUUUACAAAACUUACAUGAAAAUCGAAUAUUUAAUAAACAUGAACAAUGGA